AUGAUGAAGUGGUUUGAUGCGACUGAUGAGAUUGUGAAGGAGAUGCAAAAUGACUUGUCUGGAAUCGGUCAAAAAGUUGAUGCCCAUGCAGUGUCAAUCAAGCAACUUGAGCAAGAGAUGAAUCAGUUGUCCACUACAGUAAACCCACGUUGUAUGGCAGUCACCACUCGAGGAGGUAAACAAACCAUUGAUCCCCCUAUGUCGUCUAAGGUUGAAACUGUGGAAGAAAAAGAUGAUGAUGAGAUCGAGGUUGUUGGAGAGUCCAAGGAAGUAGAGAGAUUGGUGAAGAAAAAUGAAGAAGGAAAAUAUCGCAGGUUCAUUACUAUGUUGAAGCAGCUUUCCAUCAAUGUUCCGUUGAUAGAGGCUUUGGAGAAAAUGCCUGGGUACAUAAAAUUUAUGAAAGAUUUAGUGACUAAGAAGAGGGCCGUCAGUUUUAAAGAUGAUGAUAGGUUGCAACAUUGCAGUGCUAUUGCUACUAGGUCACUUGUGCAAAAGAAAGAGGAUCCUGGUGCUUUCACUAUUCCUUGUACCAUCGGGUUGUUGCAUUUUGCGAAGGUAUUGUGUGAUUUGGGUGCUAGUAUUAAUCUGUUGCCAUUGUCUAUCUACAAGAAGUUGGGUAUAGGGGCUCCAAAACUGACUGCGAUGCGAUUACUCAUGGCCGAUAGAACUGUGAAGAAGCCCAUUGGUGUUCUCUAA